AUGAUGAUAUCUUGGAAUGUGAGAGGGAUUAAUAACUCAGCAAAGUGCCAUGAGGUUGUCUCCCGCCUCAAUCAUUUGGAUCCUGAGAUAGUUGUUCUGGUUGAAACUAGAGUUAAAGCUCAAGAUGUUGUUAAAGUUAGGAAUAAAUUUGGUAAGAAAUGGAAGAUUAUUGACAAUUACUCCAAGCAUAAUAAUGGUAGGAUUUGGAUAUUGUGGGAUGAUGCUAGAAUAAAGGUUACAACUCACCAUUUCUACUCAAUUCAUCCAUUGUAG